UAUAGUUUAUUUUUACUCUGAUUAAUGAAUAGUGGCAAUAGAGAUCUCAGAUAUUUUUACAUAGUUCGAUAGAGCAGAAUCUCAGCUACACCGCUAUAUAAAAAUUUUUCUUUAAUCUUAAAGAAAUGCCACCGAAAAACGAAAAUUAGUGAACUUGAAAUUUCUCCUGCCAGAAUUAGGGCAUACUGCUCUAUAUCUUGUUUUUUUAUUUCUUUCCUAGAAAUGCAGCGAAGAACGUUUCUUUUCUUGUUUCUUUUCUUUGUGUUAGUCACCUGAAGUUUGGAUGAAUAAUAAUUACGCACAAGAAAAAUCUCGUCUUACACAUGGAAGAGUGUGAAAUAGACAGAAAGUAAUAUUUUUUCCGGUAUAAAAACAAUUCUCGUACACAGUUUAACUUCAUUUUCGAGACUGUACGCUUUAUACGUUCGCCUUUUCCUCUCUCUGCACAAAACGCUUCUACAUUUACACGUAUACACAAGAUUUAUUACACAGCAAGUAAGUUCUUCGUUAAAGGUCCAGGAUAAGUUUUAAACGGAAACCAUUCUUAUAGCUAUGCAAAUAUUUGUCAAAACACUAACGGGCAAAACUAUUACAUUGGAAGUAGAACCCAGUGACACAAUUGAAAAUGUGAAGGCUAAAAUACAAGAUAAAGAGGGAAUUCCACCCGAUCAACAGCGUCUGAUUUUUGCUGGUAAACAAUUGGAAGAUGGUCGUACAUUAUCCGACUACAAUAUUCAGAAAGAGUCGACAUUGCAUUUGGUUCUCCGCUUACGUGGAGGCAUGCAGAUCUUCGUGAAAACGUUGACAGGUAAAACAAUCACUUUGGAAGUAGAACCCAGUGACACGAUCGAAAAUGUGAAGGCUAAAAUACAAGAUAAAGAGGGAAUUCCACCCGAUCAACAGCGUCUGAUUUUUGCUGGCAAACAACUGGAAGAUGGUCGUACAUUGUCGGACUACAACAUUCAGAAAGAGUCAACAUUGCAUUUGGUUCUCCGCUUACGCGGCGGGCAGUAA